AUGGCCAGAAUCUAUAGCCAAUAUUCAACAGUCAAUGUAGUCAAUCUUUUGGGUUUCUGUUUUGAAGCAAAUAGAAGAGCUCUAAUUUAUGAAUUUAUGACCAAAGGAUCGUUGGACAAGUUCAUUCGCAACCAAGAAUCUCAGGGUACAAACUGUCGCCUGGAAUGGAGUACAUUGUUCCAAAUAGCAGUGGGCAUUGCACGAGGACUAGAGUACUUGCACCAAGGUUGUAGCACAAGAAUUGGGCAUUUUGAUAUAAAGCCUCAUAACAUUCUCCAUGAUGAAGAUCUCCUCCCUAAAAUAUCAGACUUUGGUCUUGCUAAACUAUGCCAAACGAAACAAAGUGUGAUAUCAAUGUUGGGUGCCAGAGGGACUGCUGGAUAUAUUGCUCCAGAAGUGUUUUCUAAAACCUUUGGCCAAGUCUCUCAUAAAUCCGACGUCUAUAGCUAUGGAAUGAUGGUUCUUGAAAUGACUGGAGGAAGAGAUCAGAAAUUGGGAGUAGUUGAAACAAGUGAAAAUUACUUUCCACACUGGAUUUAUGAGCAUCUGGAACAUGGUAAGGAUGUAAAACUUCACAGCAUCGUCACUAGCAGAGAGGAAGAAGAGACGGUGAGGAAGAUGAUCUUGGUGGGAUUGUGGUGCAUUCAAAUCAAUCCAUCAAACCGACCAACAAUGACUAACGUGGUGGAAAUGUUGGAAGGAAGCCUUGAGUGCUUUCAAAUUACUCGAAAACCUUUCUUGUUUUCUCCUGCAAGGUCUGACCCAUCAACCCAAGACGCUUCCAAGUCAUUAUAGACAGACAGUAUUACAUAGGGGUAGAGAUUUCAGAAGGAAACUUUCAAUC